AUGAAUUCAAGAUCAAGUCGAACGAAAAGGCUUCUAAAACUGGCAGCCCUGAAAUUCAAGGAGACACAAGAUUAUAGCAACUAUGAUGCAAUUCAGGAAACUAUAGAAACGGAAAAUAAAGAAAAUAUUCUACAAGAUAAUCUGCCACCAGUUAAUUUAGAUGAUGAUAAGGAAGGAAGAAUAUUAUAUUCUAGUCUGGGUCGUCCAAAUCCUUCACCGUCUAAUUUUGUUAAAGAUCAAGAAGUUUGUACUAAUUUGGAUUCUCCUAAUCUUCUACAAGCUAAGUUAGUUGAAUAUGAUAGUGCUUGUAACCCUUUGGAAGACCAAGAAGCCUACACCUAUAAAGCAUCCUGCAGUUCGGACUUUCCUAAUGUUCUACCAGCUAACUUAGUUAAAAAUGUGAAUGCUUGUACUAACGAAGCAUCCUCUAGUUUGGGGCGCCCCAAUCUUUCCCCAGCCAGCUUGUGGGAAGACCAAGAAGUCUACACUUAUAAAGCAUCCUGUAGCUCGAACCGUCCUAUGGUUCUACGUUUUCAGAGACUAGAAGGGAACAAGUAUACUAUAUCUCCAAUACAUAGUGGCGAAAGUGAUGUGGAUGAUUCCGAUGCUGAUCCACAUUACAAUAAUUCGACUUCAGAAAGCGAUACGGACAGAGAAGGAAAUCCCGAAACAAUGAUGAAAGAAGAUGAUUCAAAUCAGGAAGAAAAUAAGGAGAAAGGCAAGAAAAGAAAAGCCAACCCCGAAGCUUGGAGUUUUAAAAAAGCCAAAUAUUUAAGAAACUCUGAAAAGGCCUAUACAACGGCUUCAAAGAACAAAAAGAAGUUUUGUGAAAAAAAAGUCCGUCCUCCUUGUGGAGAUAAGUGUAGGUUACAGUGCAACAAGAAAAUAGAUGAAGAGGCAAGAAAGAUUAUUUUUUCGAGCAAUUGA